GACGUCCGAAAGAUGCUCUGAUGCUAUUGGUUCGACGGCGUCAUAGACGAAACCCGUGAUUGUUGAUUCAAGGGCCCAAGGUUCGCUCCAAUGACAGCUGCGCCAUGGCAAAGACACCAACGAAUGAAGCAAAAGCACCACGCCACCAUUAUUUCUCGAUCAAUCGAAUUCGCCGUUGUUUACAACAUACAUACUCAGAGGAAACGGUGAAACUUGCGGAAGGAAGCUGAAUGCAUCAUCAUUCAAGCAAGCAAGCUAUCUUCAGUUGUUUGUUUGUUGCUGAGAAAGAGAAAUCAAGUCAAGAUGGGAGAAAGGAGGACCAUGUACAAGGCCCGAAGAAACCUGAUCCGAAGCGGGACUACAUGCAGUAGAAGAGGGCGAGGAAAGAGGUCUCUUGUCGGUUCUGAUUAUCUUGCGUCUCGAUAUCAGUUGCUUUUGGCAGCACUGAGUGCUCUGCUUUGUUCUCGGUCGUCUCUGAGCUUUGCUUUCACUCCAAAGAGCUUUUCGAGACGUCGUGACGGUGGCUGCCUCAGAGUGGAACAGAGACAGUUUAGCACGGAACGAAGAUCCUUUACCAAGGCGUUUCGCACAAGAAGCCGUAUCGUCAGCCACUUCCACAUUCACGAGGCUGACACGGACUGUGGAAGCAUACAACAUACCAGUACCACAAAUCUGGAUUCUUCCUUUCUGCUUUACCUGGAUCCUCUGGAUAAGGCUAUACCAGUAUUCCAGAAUCUUACUGAUGCAUCUGCAUCUGCUACCAACGACCAGCCAGAUCUUACCUCAAUAAGCGCUGAUACUCUUAUAACUGAGACUGAAAAGGUUAGGGAGAAGAAAAUCCACAGUUCAUCCAGAUCUGAGCCUGCGACCAAAAGCCCCCUGUUCUCUCCCACAGUGCCGUCAGUAGAGGCCGAUCCAAAGCCCAAACACAUUCGAGACCAAGACAACUGCCAGUUCCGCCGUGGUGCACCUGACGACAGCAUGGACCGGUUUGCCCAUGAUGUGACGACCGUGUUGAAAGAUAUUCGCAAGCAGGGAUACGAUCCCUCCUUACCCAAGCUCUUUCGGUACAUCAAGAUGCCCAGUUUUACCAAUUUGUGGACGAAAAGGGACUGGGAUCUGCAUACCAGUCGCUUUAGACAUCUCAAGUACUUGUGGUCAAUUCCAACCAGUCGCUUGGUCCGACGGAUUGCGCCUCAAAUGGUCGCACUGGCCAUUUGGGCUUGUGCCGCCUGUUGGAUGUGCAGUAAAGAGUUUGACGGUAUCCUCAGUCGAGCCGUACUUCCCUUGGCGCCGCUCUCGCUCGUCUCCACCUUUGUGGCGGGGUUAUUAACGUUGAGGAGUAAUCAAGGCUUGACCCGUCUCAACGAAGGACGAUUGGCCUUUGGAAAGGUCGUGCUCUACACCCGAGAAAUGGCACAAAUGAUUGCCACGGUGGUUUAUCCUCGCAAUCCUGCUUUGGGGUUGUUGGCAGCACGACACGUUGCACUCUUUGGAUGGCUCAUGAAAGACUUUUUACGACACUACGAUGAAGACUACACGCGACCACUGCAACCAUAUCAACCCAACAAGUGUCAUGAAGCCGAUGUGGUAACAACCAUGUUGCCCCCACGCACCAGGGCCGACUACAACAACAGCCACAAUCCCAUUAUUACUACCUGUAGUAUGGACGCUCGGUUUAUUCUGCAACAACGCAAAAAGCCCGUGGCCAUUUGUACCCGUUUGCGACAAAUAUUUGGAUCCAUGCAACACGUGCUAACCACCAGUGAACAGUCCCGCCUCGACGCCUGUGCUCAACAACUCAACAAAUGCAUCAUGGUCUGUGAACGAAUCCGAGCCAGUCCCAUUCCACCACUCUACACGGCACAUGCUGGACGAUUGCUCAUGUUUUACCUAUUCUUUUUGCCACUGGCACUGAGAGGAUCCUCCUUACUCAACAAUGUCGGAACCAUAUUGACCACCAUGGUGGUGGGAUACGCCAUGCUGGGGCUAGAUGAGAUUAGUCAUGUCCUGGAGGAACCGUUUCGGUUGAUGCCACUCUAUCAUCUCUCCAAGAAUUCCAUGAAGGACGUGGCCGAUUCCAUGGUCUGUAUGCCACCACCUUUGCUGUUGGAAGACGACGAAAGUGAUGACUAUGGAAUUGGUGGCGAUGGGGCGUCACUGGGUGCGGACGGUUUAGACUAUGAAAGAAUUCCAGCCUACUGGUGAAGAGCGGGGUCUAUAUGGAUCUUUAUCUCAGCCGAAUGUCUAUAUUCAUACGACAAUCCGAAUUAUGGUUGCUCUAACGCUUUUUGAUCGGGCAGAUAUUGCACCAUGCACCCUGCAAUAAGUUGACCCCUCUUAUGCAUACAUCGAACUGGGGGUGCGAAGAAAGACUAUCCGCCCCCGCUAAUUCUGCUCUCUAUCCAAUCAUGAUGGCGACGACGACUGGGAUGAUGCCAUUUGCUCUCGAAAGGCUUGGACAAUCUGCGAAAACCAGAACCAUUGCAACAGAGUAAACAGAGUGCAAGCCACCAUCAGGAAUUGAAUGCCGAUUCGCUGCGGCGGUGUGAUGAUACGAGACUUGUUGGCUGCUGCAACCAGGGCAGCCUUGGCGUCAGGCAAGAAACCCUCUACGGUAACCUUGGUAAAGCUAACAACUCGCACCAACGCAAAGGAUAAAGCCGUUAUUGGCGCCAAGAUGGAUUGGAUACGGGUUAGCCUUUCUACCUUUCCCGUAGUGUUGCCGUUGUCGUCAUUGGUGGUGUCAAUCCAGAACGUGACUUGAUCGUAGAUAAUGAGUGGAACGGAAGAUAGUUCUACGACUCCAAAGUAAUAGAAUAUGUAGUGCAUGGGUAGUAUGGAGGUCGCGAUACCAGCCAGCACCAUCAUGACAAUGUGAUGUAUG